CCCCCCCACCCUCUCCUCUUCCACCGCGUCGUCAUGAGCCUGUAGCGUAGCAGCAGCCGUAAAGCCAUGGGCAGGUCAAGAGGCAGCAAGGACGCGAGGGCGGGCGACGCCGGCGGCGUGAAGUCGUUCCCGUCGCCGACGUCGUCCUCGGCGUCGUCGUCGGAGUUCGAGUUCACGGUCACGCUGUCGCCGGCGUCCAAGCAGCGGUCGGCAGCGCAGCUGUGCCCGGCGGACGAGCUCUUCUACAAGGGCCAGCUCCUGCCGCUGCAGCUAUCGCCGCGCAUCUCCAUGGUGCGCACGCUGCUGCUGUCGUCGGCGUCCACGUCCUCCGCCUCCGCGUCCGACUCCACCUCCACCUCCAACUCCUCCCGCGACUCCAACGGCAGCACCUCGUCGUCAUUCUCCGCCGACUGCGCCACGCUCCUGCUCCCUGACUCCGCCGCGUCCUCGUCCCGCCCCAGCUCCGCCACCGAAGACGACCGCCGCCAUCUUAACCAUCUGGCCGGCACCUCCUCGUUCGCCGGACUACCCCCAGCGAAGCGCACCGGUAAACAGUACCUCUCGUCCUUUGCAACCCGCUUCUCCUCGGUGUUCCACCGCGGCGGCGCACCCGCUGCGAAGAAGCCGUCCAGGUCGCUCGCCAAGGAGGUGAUCAAGAAGUACGCCAAGAAGGUGAAACCGCUGUAUGAGAAGCUGUCGCAGAUCCCCAAGAACCAGAACAAAGUCAACGGCGGCGGCGGAAACAACCAGCCGCAGCCGCCGGCGCAGCAGCAGCAGCAGGGGUUCAAGAAGCCGUUCACCUUCUCGAUCCGCAAGAAGCGGGGCGACGACGACCACGUCGUCGCGGCGGCGGUGGCGGCGGAGGUCAGCGGCAAGUACGCGCACUCCAACUCCUUCUCGGGGAACCUCCGGUUCCCGCGCCAGAAGCGGUGCGCGGCGAGCUGCCCCUCGUCGAUGCGUUCGUCGCCGAGCCACUCAGGCCUCCUCACCUUCGGUGGGGCCGGCGGCUUCGGCUUCCCCGACGUGCCGGCCGCCGCGGCCGUGGCGGGCGGCAUUGUCGGCAUCGGGCCGGUGUCGCUGUCCACGGCGUCGUCGAUGGAGGAGCUCCAGAGCGCCAUCGAGGGCGCCAUCGCCCACUGCAAGAACACGAUGGGUGGCGCCGUGCCGGUGUGCACACCACGCAAGGCGGCCGACGAGAUCUGCGCGUUCUGAGCGCGAGCGCACUAGGAUUUGGGCGGGGAGCUAAGUAAGCCUGUUUAAUCGGUAGCAGUACUUAUCUGUUAAUUGUAUUAAUUCCUCUCACUUUGCUAAGACUUUAUGAUGAUGGUGGUAAAUAAGGGUA